AUGCCUCAGGCUCACAAGAAGCUCAGCUGCUUCCUCCUCCUCCUUCUCGUCGCUGUUAGCCUUGCUAUCUGCAGCGUCGGCCAGCAGUUCGUCUACUCCAGCUUCGCCGGCGCCAACAUCACCCUCGGCGGCGCGGCCGCGGUCACUCCAACCGGUCUUCUCGAGCUCACCAACGGCACGCUCCGCCAGAAGGCCCACGCCAUCCACCCGGCGCCGUUCCGCUUCCGCGAGCCGGCGGCGCGGAACCGGACGGUGCGGUCGUUCUCGGCCUCCUUCGUGUUCGGCAUCCUCUGCCCCGACGCCAACAACUGCGGCCAUGGCAUCGUCCUGUUCGUCGCCCCUGGGGGCUACAACUUCUCCGCCGCGUUCCCGAGCCAAUAUCUCGGCCUUGUUAACAACAGCACCAACGGCGCCGCCGCGAACCACAUCUUCGGCGUCGAACUCGACACCGACCAGAACAACGAGUUCCGCGACAUCGACGGCAACCACGUCGGCAUCGACGUCAACGGGCUCACGUCCCUCGCGUCCAGCAGCGCCGGCUACUUCGCCGACGACGGCAUCCUCCACAACCUGACGCUCGCAAGCGGCACGGCGAUGCAGGUGUGGGUGGACUACGACGGCGAAGAGAAACUGAUCACCGUGGCCAUGGCUGCCCUGGGAACGGCCAAACCCGUGAAGCCGCUGCUCUCCAAGACCUGCGACCUCUCAACUGUGCUCACGGACACGGCGUACGUGGGCUUCUCGUCGGCCACGGGUUCCUUCAACUCGCAACACUACGUUCUUGGCUGGAGUUUCGCGAUGGACGGACCUGCUCCGGCCAUCGACAUCGCCAAGCUGCCAAAGCUCCCCCGCUUUGGCCCGAAGCGCCAUCCCAAGCUCGCACAGAUCAUCCCACCCGUAGCGACGACAGCGUUCAUCUUUGCCGCGGGCACCCUCAUCGUCCUCCUAAUACGACGGCGGCUCAAGUACAGCGAGCUCCGGGAAGAUUGGGAGGUCGAGUUCGGGCCGCACCGGUUCUCCUACAAGGAUCUGUUCAGCGCCACCGGCGGGUUCAAGGAGAAGAAUCUGCUCGGUGUGGGAGGGUUCGGGAGGGUAUACAAAGGGGUGCUACCGGCGCCCAAACUGGAGAUCGCCGUCAAGAAGGUGUCACAUGACUCAAAACAAGGCAUGAAAGAGUUCAUCGCCGAGGUUGUGAGCAUUGGGCGACUACAACAUCGCAAUCUCGCUCAGUUACAUGGUUAUUGCAGGCGUAAAGGUGAACUGCUCUUGGUAUACGAGUACAUGUCAAAUGGGAGCCUUGAUAGGCACUUGUAUGGCGAUGAUGAGAAGCCGGUUCUAGAUUGGGACAAAAGGUUCCGGAUCAUCAAGGGAAUUGCUUCCGGGUUGCUCUACCUCCACGAGGAGUGUGAGAAAGUAAUCAUCCAUCGGGACAUCAAAGCUAGUAAUGUCCUCCUCGACAAUGAGAUGAAUGGUCGACUCGGUGACUUUGGGCUGGCAAGGUUGUACGACCGUGGCGCCAACCCACAAACCACACAUGUGGUUGGGACCAUAGGAUACCUAGCUCCAGAGCUCGGUCGCACUAGCAAGGCAACCCCCCUGACCGACGUGUUCGCCUUCGGCAUAUUCCUUCUUGAGGUCACAUGUGGACAAAGGCCCAUUAGGCAAAAUUUACAAGGCGAACAAUUAAUGCUGGUCGACUGGGUACUUGAGCAUUGGCACGGAGGAUCACUGGCUGAAACCGUGGAUACCAAGCUUCAUAGCUACGAUGCCGGUGAGGCUUGCCUAGCAUUGAAGCUAGGAUUAUUAUGCUCGCAUCCUCUCUCCAAUUUAAGGCCAGGAAUGCGACAGGUCAUGAGGUACCUUAAUGGAGACGUGCAACUACCGGAGCUUACGUUGAUGAAUGAGAGCUUCGAGAUUCUUGCGAUGAUGCAGAACGAAGGGUUUGACUCGUACGUCAUGUCUUACCCUUCAUCGAUGGAAAGUGUGACCACCUUGUCCAGCCUUGUAGAGGAAACAUGA